GGCCCGUCCCUCAGCGGCCGCCGCCCGAGCCCUCUGGCCGGAGGGGCGGGAAGACCCCGGCCCGUCGCCAGACACCGCCUGCCCGGGGCGGCUUUAGAGUCAUCCCCGCACAGGGGUUGCCACGGGAGAGGCCGGGCUCCCCUCAGCUGCCACCGCCCGACAGGCUUUCGGGACCGGCCAAUUCCAAUGGCGCGUCGGCCGCUGCGAUGCGAGGCCGCGAGAGCCGCCAUGUCAGGGGUUGGAAAGACUACUUUAAUCCAGAAAGCCACUCAAGCUCUAAAAUCCUCAGGCAUUCCCAUUGAUGGAUUUUACACAGAGGAAGUCAGAGAAGGUGGCAGGAGAACAGGAUUUGAUGUUGUCACUUUGUCUGGAAAACGAGGACCUUUAUCUAGAGUCAGUUCUGAUUCUUCAAGACGUGAAUAUCGUGUUGGACAGUAUGCUGUAGACCUUGUUUCAUUUGAACAGUUGGUUCUACCUAUGCUGAGAAACGUAAACCAUGGCAGUGAUGCAGAGAAAAAAAUUUGCGUCAUAGAUGAGAUUGGUAAAAUGGAGCUCUUCAGCCAGGCUUUUAUUCAAGCUGUUCGGCAGACGCUGGCUGGCUCAGGGACCGUGGUACUUGGAACUAUUCCUAUACCUAAGGGAAAGCCACUGGAUCUUGUUGAAGAAAUAAGAAGUAGGAAAGAUGUUAAAGUGUUCAAUGUGAGUAAGGAAAACAGAAACAGCAUUUUGCAAGACAUCUUGGCAGCGGUGGAAUCUUGCAGAAAGUGAAGACUUUUUCUUGCCUGUAAACACUAAAGCUUUUAUUUUAACAAAACAUUACAACAUUUUGCGGAUGUUUUUGACUCUUUCCUUCCUGCUUUAGCCCCUGGAGGUUUUCCUGCAGCCUUCAGGGUAAGCAAGGUAAAGCUGGUAAUACUCUAACGUGAAAAUAGGAGAGCAGGAUUCUUGUAUAUUCAGUUCAGAUCUAUUAAAAAAAAUUGAACAGAUACAUAGUUACCAUCCAGUUCUAAUGUGGGUAUUGGAAAGUUAGGUAGUCUACCCUGAUCCUAUUUGCACCGUAUAAAAGCAAUUAACUGUCAAAUCUGUUUGAGAUCUUAGUCUUUCAGAGUGUGGUGUGGCCUGUUCUGCCCAGAAAGCAGUGCAGUAUCUGGCACUUCGCCCUGGUGUGACAGAGCAGAGCCCUGCACAGAAUGUCUCUGGGCUCUGCCUGGUUUACGUAGAAGUAUCUUUGCAGUGGGUGACCCAGCGAAGGUGUGCCCAGGUGUGUCUCAGCGUGGGGGCUAACGGCUCACGAGGUAGAAGGAAUAAGCAGAUGCUCUCUCCCUACCCCCAGACACCCCUCUCCCCAGUUGCAGUAUAAGAAUUUAUCUAGAAUUUCAAGGAAAUUUCCUGUAGUCCCAAGUGACACAUGCAGAAUUCCGCUUCAGGAAGAAAAAUAACCAACUGUAACCUCUCCUAAGUGGCCCAGACACUAGUUGAUAAGAGGGCUGCAUUUUGAGUUUAUUUUCAAGUUUCUGAUGGCAAUCCUGCCUUGCACCCCCUUAAAAAAAAUAUAUUCAUAUAAAAUCUUCAAGUCCAUGAAGCUCAGUCAAAUCUUGACUUGUGUUUUUCAUGCAGAGUUUAUUAAGUCAGAAUUGACUUAAUACUGCAUUUGUCUAUCUGGGUUUUACAAUCUGUUAUGUUUAGUGGUAUUUUUUGUUUGGUCGGGUUUUUUUCUGUACAUGGUUGAUGGUGAAAUAAGAAGUGUUUGAGAGUGUUAGACAAUGUGUUUCCCUAUGAGGUGGGCAAAUGUGUUCAGGAAAAGUGCUACCACUUAAUCAGUUUUGCAUGUUGUGAGAACAGAAUUCCCUCCCAGGUGCACACUCGUUCCUUGUGUGAUUUAUAGUCAUCUCUGGCUGUAAAAAGUUGUUAAGAAUUCAGUCAUUUCUUAUGUAUUUUUUUUCUGUUCGGUUCAACAACUGUUAAAAUGAGCAAACUAAAAGCAUUUUCAAAUAUCA